AUGUUUAUGAAUCUUCCCGUGAUCACACCUCGUGCUCGAGCUGUCAAAAGAGGACAGGUGGGCUGCGAAGGCCUCGUGAUCACACCUCGUGCUCGCCGGUCGCGUUCGCCAGCUGCAUCUGUGCUGGCAGCGGUGGUUACCAGUGGACCUACCGGUGACACGGGCAGGGCGGGUGUCCGGAGCCUUCACCCGUCCCCACAUGUGAGGGUGUUUCAUGCCUCUGCGCCGGCAGCAGUGGUUACAGGCGGUGCAACUGGUGGUGACACAGGCAGGGCGGGUGUGAGGGCGCUGCAGCCUUCUUCCCCGCAUGUGAGGGUGUUUCAUGCCUCGGCGCCGGCAGCAGUGGUGACAGGCACGACUGGUGACACGGGCAAGGCGGGUGUGAGGGGGCUGCAGCCCGCCCUUGAGGGCUCAAGCGAGCAUGCGGGGGAGGCGGGGCGGUCGAAGCUGGUGGAGGCGUUUCAGAUUCAAGCAGCAUCAGACCCCAUGCGUGGCUUCAUGGUGGCACUGCGGAAGUCCGAGCUCGGUUUUGAGACCGGCCUUGCGCUGAGGGACCUGCGAGUGGUCAUUUCCGCCCUGCAGAACCAGAUCCCCACCAUUCUCAUCCGCCCGCGGGCCAUAGUGGUGAGUCUGGCGCACGUGAGAGCAGUCAUCACAGCCAACCGCGCCUACGUCCUCAACACCUCCUCGCCCCGCGUGCGGCAACGACUCAUCCCCACCCUCCUGCGCCGCCUCUCUGCUUCGCGCUCGGCCGCUGCUGCUGGUGGUGGUGCUGGUUCUGGUGGUGGGGGUGCUGGGUGUGAUGUUUGCUCUCCCCCAUCGCCCUCCUCCCCAGCUUCGUUUUCGGGGUCGGAUACGUUUUUCUCGGGUGCUGUGACGGUGUUUUCUGACUGCGGGGGUGAACAUCAGGGGAGUGAGGUGCGUGGAUUGGAGGAGGGAAGGGAUAAGAGGGGGGUGGAGCAAAGGGAGCUGGAACGGGAGGAACAGCUGCAGGAGAAGCAGCAGCGACAGGAAGGGCAGCAGAAGGUACUGGGGCAGGAAUAUGGAGAGGGGCAGGGGCAGGGGCAGGGGGAGGGGCAGGGGCAGGGGCGAGAGCAGUGGGGUUCUGAUGUGUGGGGUGGUGAGGAAAGCAGGUGUAGGGAGAGUGGGAGGGAGGUGACGGGAGUGUGUGGGAGAGGAGAGGAUGAUUAUGAAGCGAGGGGGCAUGGAGAGAGAAGGGAGGGAAUUUUCUUAGAAGAGGAGAGGGAGGAGAGGAGAGGGGGUGAUAAAAGGGAUGAUGGGACGGAUGGUGGGAGGACUGAUGAGCGAGAAGAGGAGUGGUGUCAGGGGUGGCAGGAGGAGGUAUCUGAGAGGAGGAGAGAGGAGUGGAGGGCGAGGAGGCAGAGAGAGGAGGAGAGGAGGAGGAACAAGCGAUGGCUGGAGGAUUUGGAGAAAGAAAGCAAGGGAAGGUUCAGUGAAGCUUCGAAUGGAGAGGAGGAGGAGGGGGAGGGGGGGCGGGAGCACGGGGAUGGGCAUUUGAUUGGGAGUGACGGGCAGUGGGAGCGAUACGGGGAGGUGCUUCUGCUGGAGUUGACUCAGAAAGACGGUGUUCUGUUAAAGCCUGGUCAGGCAGGGCAGUUGGGUCAGCCGGGCCAGUUAGGUCAGUCGGAGCAGUCCAGUCUAAUGUCACAAGGGGAGGUGCUUGUAAGGGAGGGUGAGGCGAAGACAAGGCAAAGGGGAGGGGAAAAAGGGGAGGAGGGGAGCAGAGUGGAUGGAGGAAGUGGGGGGUGGGUAAGAAGGGAAACGAGGGACCAGGAGAAGGCUAAGGGAGGGGAAGAGAGGAGGUGGGUGGAGCAUCUGGAAGGGAGGGGAAGGACGGGAGGAGUAGAGGGUGUGAGGGGUGGAGUGGUGGGUGGGAGUGGUGGAGAGGCGAGUGGAAGGGGUGCUGGAGAGGGUAAGAUAGACAUGAGGGAUGCUAGUACCACUACCACCACCAACGACAACACCACGAACAAUAACAGCACGAAACACCCUCCCCAGUCCACAGCAGCCCUGACCAUACCCAGGGUCGCACCCACCCCGUUUGAAUUCCAAGUCCUAGAGGCCCUUCUAGACGAGGUCGGGGUGACUCUGAAGGUCAAGUACGCGUCCAUAUUCCCGGGCGUGUACCAGGGCUUGAGGGCGUUCGCCGGGGGGCGAGUGCCGUAUGAGCGGGCCAUGGCGGAGCAGGAGGCGUUUCUGAGAGCCAAGAACGAGCUGCUGCGGCUGGAGCGGAGCGCCAAUCAGAUCUGCAACGCCGUCCGGGAAGUGCUGUCGAAUGAUGAGGACAUGGCAGAGAUGUACCUGUCAAGGAAAGGUGCGCUCCCCCCUGGCACCACCAAUAGUGUGGAGCACAGCGAGGUGGAGGAGCUGUUAGAGGACCACCUAAGGCGCAUGGAGGAGGUGGUGGGGGAGGCGGAACAGCUUCUGUCCAUGUCCGAUGCCACAUCAGAGUACCUCAGAACAGCCCUGGACAGUGCGCGCAAUCAGCUGAUCGAGCUCGACGUGCUUGUCAACAUGGCGACAUGCUCGCUCGCCGUGGGUGGCUCCAUUGCUGCUGUCUUCGGCAUGAAUCUGGUAUCAUCCUUCGAAGAUACCUCAUUAGCGUUCCCCAUCGCAGCAGGCAGUGUCAAGCCUUCGUCAGCAGCGGGGAAAUGCAGCAGCGUAAGCAGGCAGCGGCGACGGGUGGGAGGGAGAGGUGUGGUUGCAGCCAGACCUCCUACGGAGGAGGUUGAGGUGCGGACUGAGCCGUUGACCAAGGAAGACCUGGUCAACUAUCUGCGAUCCGGCUGCAAGCCCAAGGACAAGUGGAGGAUCGGCACGGAGCACGAGAAGUUCGGGUUCGAUCAGAAGACGCUCCAGCCAAUGACGUACGAGCAGAUCGCGACGCUGUUGGAGCACAUUGCGGAUCGGUUCUCGUGGGACAAGAUCAUGGAGGGCGACAGGAUCAUUGGCCUGCGAUCGAACGGGCAGAGCGUGACGUUGGAGCCCGGAGGUCAGUUCGAGCUGAGUGGCGCGCCCCUGGAGACAGUGCACCAGACGUGCGCCGAGGUCAACGGUCACCUCUAUCAGGUGAAAUCCAUCUGCGAGGAGGAGCACGUGGGGUUCCUGGGCCUGGGUUUUAACCCGAAGCACACCCUGGAGGAGAUCCCCAUCAUGCCCAAGGGCCGCUACACCAUAAUGCGCAACUACAUGCCCAAGGUGGGCACGUUGGGGCUGGAGAUGAUGUUCCGCACGUGCACGGUGCAGGUCAACCUCGACUUUGACUCCGAGCAGGACAUGGUCGACAAGUUCCGUGUGGGCCUCGCGCUACAGCCGGUGGCCACGGCCUUGUUCGCCAACUCGCCAUUCCUGGAGGGCAAGCCCAAUGGGUAUCUCAGCUACCGCAGUCGAGUGUGGGAGGACACUGACAAAGACCGCACAGGGGACCUCCCGUUUGUUUUCGAGGACGGCUUUAGCUUUGAACGCUAUAUGGAGUAUGCCCUGGAUGUACCCAUGUACUUUGCAUACCGUGACCAGCGCUACAUCGAUGCCACAGGGCUCUCCUUCCGGGACUUCUUGAACGGCAAGCUCCCAGUGCUGCCAGGUGCCUACCCCACUCUCAACGACUGGGAGAACCAUCUCACCACCAUCUUCCCUGAGGUGCGGCUGAAGCGGUAUCUUGAGAUGAGGGGCGCGGAUGGCGGGUCGUGGAGGAGAAUAUGCGCCCUGCCUGCCUUUUGGGUGGGGUUGCUGUACGACCGACAGGCGCUGGACGAGUGUAAGGCAAUCAUCUCUGAUUGGACAGAGCUCGAGCGCUCUGCUCUCCGCACACAUGUGCCCCGCAUGGCCCUCAAGACACCCUUCAGGGAGGGGCUGCUGCAGCACCUGGCACAGGAUCUUGUCAGAAUCAGCAGGGACGGAUUGCAAAGACGAGGGUACAGGGAAGGCAACUUCCUCAAGGAGCUGGAGAACAUCGCUGCUACGGGUGUGACUCCUGCCGAGCGCAUGUUGGAGGCAUACCAUGGCAGGUGGGGGGAGAGCGUGGAUCCCAUCUACAAGGAGCUCAUUUACUAG